UGAAGGUCAUACUGUCAGGGCGCCAAAUACAUUUUGGCGGAGUUUAGCGACUUUUCUGGUGACAUAUGAGUUUGUGGUGAGGAUUGCCACAAGUGAUGGCUACAUACAGCAUGAGAAGGAAAAGGAAAUUACAGCCCUCUCCUGAUAAAAAGAAGACUGACAUUACUUCUCCAAGAAAAAGACCAAGGACUAAUUCAGUGGAACCUUCAACUGCUUCUUCUCCCAUCAAAAGCCCAUUCGCUAAUGCUGACGAUGAUUCCCCAGUGUUUGCAACCAAUUCUUUUUACGGAUCCAGGCGUAAGGUCACAGGAAGUUCUUCUUCCUCAAUGUCCAGUCCUGUUGUGGUGCUCAGUCCCUUGACAGAAAGGAAACUGGUAAAUAUCAGAAAUACUAAAAGACUCCAAAACAAAUGGAAAGAUGGCCAGACUAGUUCUGAAAAUGGCAGCCCAAACUCCCAAGGCAGUGGCUACACCAGAAGAUCCAAGCGUAAUAAAGGUGAAAAUGACAAUGAGAAAACACCUGUUAUUAAAACUAAUCCAGUUCAAGGUAAAGAUACUCCAGUGAGAGGAAGGAGGAAGAUUACAGUUACUAAAAAUGCAAAAGGUUCCCUGACACCAGCCCCGAAGAAAGUUGAUAAGGAAGACUCUGAAAACACCCCUCGCAAACUGAAGAGUUUGAAUAAAACUUGUAAGAGCUCAGGAAAGAAAUUUUUUAGAACCAAAUCCCCAGCAAAUGCUGACAAAAUGGUUGGGAGUAUUGUUGUCAGGAAAGGGUUCAAUUUAAAAUUUGUCCCCAAAAGACUGAGUGGGAACCUUUGGGAAAGGUCAACCAAAUCCAAGAGUGCUAAAAAGGGAAAGAAAACCACUAACAGUAAAUACCCAAAACUGAAAAUGAAAUCCAGCAAAAAUGUCCAAGAUGCUUUUCUGUGGGAGAGUGAGCCCAGCAGCGGCGACAACACAGACAUUUCGACAUCUGGAAAAAAUAUGUCGAAACCUUUUGUGAUGACUAGGAAGGUUUCAGACUCACCUAGAACAAAUGAGAAGAAACUUUUCAAAAGCCAUGUGAAGCUCCAAAACUGCAUACAGUCAAAAUCCAAAGGACAGAGUGAGGUAAUUCCCAGAAACAUUAACAGUGACAAACAAAUUGUUUUAAAGACGAGCAAACUCCAAAAUAGUUUCAUGGAUGUAAACAAAUGUGAUGUUGAAACUGAUGGAGGAUCACUAGGCUCGGUUGACUCUUUCCUGGAGAGCUCCCCGACAAGUGUGUCAUUGAUCAGUGAACCAUUGAACUCAAGGAAAACCGAUUCUCUGUCAGGAUCACAUGACCUGUUUGGGUUUGACAGUCUCAUGGGUGACGACAUUGAGACGUCGCGGCCACCAUCUGUGUACUCCGAUAGGUCAGCUACACCUACCAAAGACGUCAGUUCAGAAGAGAAGAAAUAUUUCUCAAUCUUUGAUCCCAAGAAGAAAAAGCAAGAGUCUCAAUCCAAUUCAAGCCCACUGUCUACACGGAGGUCCUUGCGGUCAUCCCCACGAAUCUCACCAGGCUUCAAAGUCACCAAGGACACAGAUGGGAUGGAACAAAUGAUUAUUGACGCUGGUCAGAAGAAGAUCGGCGCCAUCCAAUGCAAGACCUGCAACAUGUUGUACAACCAGGGAGAUCCCAGUGAUGAGGCAGACCACGCCAAGAUCCACCUCACGUUCAUUAGUGCCCUCAGCUUUCCAGGAUGGAAGAAAGAACGGGUUGUGCAGGAGUUUCCGGAUGAUGGUGGCAGGAUUAUUGUUGUUCUAUCACAAGAUCCGAAGUAUGCAACAAAGAAGGUGGAGGAAAUCAACAGGAUGAUGAGCCUGGACCUUGGGUUCCCAGAACAGACAGUGUGGUACAAACCUCACCUCAAGGUGUUUCUGUACGUCUCGGAUGAGAAGGAAGUGCAAGGGUGUGUCGUGGCGGAGUCUAUUACAGAGGGUUACCGAGUGAUUCCGGAGAGCCAGGGAGGAAGUCAGGUGAUCUCCCAGCGUACAGGUCGGCCCUGGUGUUGUGAGACGGAGCCCGAGCCCGCCCUGGUUGGCAUCAGCAGGCUGUGGGUUUGCAAUUUGUACCGGCGGAAAGGCAUCGCCUCUCGACUUGUCGACACUGUUAGACAAGUAUUCGAGCAUGGUGUUCUUAUUGAAAAAGAUGAAGUUGCCUUCUCCGACCCCACAGCAGAUGGCAAACAGUUUGCAACAAAAUACAGUGGCACGCCAGCCUUCCUCGUCUACAAGUAUAUGUAGUUACCCGGUGUUACCAUGGUUAUUGAAGACAGGAUCAACAUCUCGAGUUACCAUGGUUAUAGUGGACUAUCAUCUUAGGUUACCAUGGUUAUUGAAGACAGGAUCAUCAUCUCAUGUUACCAUGGUUAUAGUGGACUAUCAUCUAGGGUUACCAUGGUUAUAGUGGACUAUCAUCUUAGGUUACCAUGGUUAUGGAAGACCAAGACCAUUAUUUUGUGUUAGCAUCGACAUGGAGGACUAUCAUGUUGUGCUACUAUAGUUACAGAGAACCGUUACGUUACCAUGUCUACAGAGGACCAUCAUAUUGUGUUACCAUGGUUGUGGAGGACCAGGAUUAUCAUGGGUUUUUUUUCUGUGUAUCCAUUUCAGUUAUGUUUUCUUGUCAGUUUGUCCUGUACCAGAGACUUCAUCUUCAUUCUUGUCUGCAUCGGAAUAGCUCCGACAUGAUACUUCUGUAAAGUGUGAGCGUCUUGUGGAUUACAUAGUUAGAAUAUUCAGUUCAGAUGUUUUUUAUUUAUCAUCUUGUAUUGACAGAUAUGCCUGUACACUGGGGUAGAUUCAAGAGAAAAAAAUCUAACUGUGAUUUUGGUUCAUCCAGUGUUGAAAGAAUUGGACUUUUGUAGCCUUAAAUAAACAUUAAUCCUCGAGAUCUGUUCAAAGCUAAUUAUCAGAUGCUUCAUGGGCAUUUAGAAGCUGGAAGGUAACAUAAUAACGUAUGGUAUGGAUUUACAACUUCUUUAAUAUUUACAACGCAUUUCUGGGCUACUUCUUGCCCCUUGAAAUAUGCUUUUAUAACAUCUAAUCGAGACUAUGGAUGAUAAACUGAAUUGUGAAAAUCA